ACCCCGAGCACGCGGAGCGCUCGCGCCUGCUCGCGGCGAGCCCGGGAGUGAUGGCCAGGCCCCCGCUGGCCGCCCGCACCUGAGGCGCCCCGCCCCGCCCCGCCCAGCCUGGCGCGGCCCGCCCCGCCCGGCCCUGCCCCGCUCCCUGCCGGCGGCUGCCUGGGCGCUUCCUAGUCAGCGCGGGCGGCCGCCCAGGCGAGGUGCGGCCUCCGCUCGGGCGGGGGGGCGUCGGCGCCGCGGGGCCCCGCCAUGGCCGCGUCCGAGCUCUACACAAAGUUUGCCAGAGUUUGGAUACCUGAUCCUGAGGAAGUUUGGAAGUCAGCAGAGCUGCUCAAAGAUUAUAAACCAGGAGAUAAAGUCCUCCUGCUUCGCCUUGAGGAAGGAAAGGAUUUGGAAUAUCGUCUAGAUCCAAAGACGAAGGAGCUGCCUCACUUGAGAAACCCUGACAUACUUGUGGGUGAAAAUGACCUCACAGCCCUCAGCUAUCUUCAUGAGCCUGCUGUGCUCCACAAUCUCAGAGUCCGCUUUAUUGACUCCAAACUUAUUUAUACAUAUUGUGGUAUAGUCCUAGUAGCUAUAAAUCCUUAUGAACAGCUGCCUAUUUAUGGAGAAGAUAUUAUUAAUGCAUAUAGUGGUCAGAAUAUGGGUGAUAUGGAUCCACAUAUCUUUGCAGUAGCUGAAGAAGCUUACAAGCAAAUGGCCAGAGAUGAACGAAAUCAGUCCAUCAUCGUAAGUGGAGAGUCUGGGGCAGGAAAAACAGUCUCAGCUAAGUAUGCCAUGCGAUACUUUGCAACUGUGAGUGGUUCUGCCAGUGAAGCCAAUGUUGAGGAAAAGGUCUUGGCCUCCAACCCCAUCAUGGAGUCCAUUGGAAAUGCUAAGACAACCAGGAAUGAUAAUAGCAGCCGUUUUGGGAAGUAUAUUGAAAUUGGUUUUGAUAAGAGAUAUCGAAUCAUUGGUGCCAAUAUGAGAACUUAUCUUUUAGAGAAAUCCAGAGUGGUAUUCCAGGCAGAAGAGGAGAGAAACUAUCAUAUCUUCUAUCAGCUUUGUGCUUCAGCAAAGUUACCUGAAUUUAAAAUGCUGCGAUUAGGAAAUGCAAAUAACUUUCAUUACACGAAGCAAGGUGGCAGUCCUGUGAUUGAAGGAGUUGAUGAUACCCAGGAGAUGGCACAUACCAGGCAGGCCUGCACUCUGCUAGGAAUUAGUGAGUCUUAUCAGAUGGGAAUUUUCCGAAUACUUGCUGGCAUCCUUCACUUAGGCAACGUUGCAUUUACAUCUCGGGAUUCAGACAGCUGCGCAAUACCUCCCAAGCAUGAACCUCUCAGCAUCUUCUCUGACCUUAUGGGCGUGGACUAUGAAGAGAUGUGUCACUGGCUCUGCCAUCGGAAACUGGCUACCGCCACAGAGACAUAUAUCAAGCCCAUCUCGAAGCUGCAGGCCACGAAUGCCCGUGAUGCUUUGGCCAAGCACAUUUAUGCCAAGCUCUUUAGCUGGAUUGUAGAUCAUGUCAAUCAGGCCCUCCAUUCUGCUGUCAAACAACACUCUUUUAUUGGAGUGCUGGACAUAUACGGAUUUGAAACAUUUGAGAUAAAUAGUUUUGAACAGUUUUGCAUAAAUUAUGCAAAUGAAAAACUACAACAACAAUUCAAUAUGCAUGUCUUCAAAUUAGAACAGGAAGAAUAUAUGAAGGAACAAAUUCCAUGGACACUCAUAGAUUUUUAUGAUAAUCAGCCUUGCAUUAAUCUUAUAGAAUCUAAACUGGGCAUUCUAGAUUUGCUGGAUGAGGAAUGCAAGAUGCCUAAGGGCACAGAUGACACUUGGGCCCAAAAAUUGUACAACACACAUUUGAACAAAUGUGCACUCUUUGAAAAGCCCCGUCUAUCAAACAAAGCUUUCAUCAUCCAACAUUUUGCUGACAAAGUGGAAUACCAGUGUGAAGGCUUUUUGGAAAAGAAUAAAGACACUGUUUUUGAAGAACAAAUCAAAGUUCUGAAAUCCAGCAAGUUUAAGAUGCUACCAGAAUUAUUUCAAGAUGAUGAGAAGGCCAUCAGUCCAACAUCAGCCACCUCGUCAGGGCGCAUGCCCCUCACUCGUAUUCCUGCAAAGCCCACCAAAGGCAGACCAGGCCAGGCGGCCAAAGAGCACAAGAAAACAGUGGGGCACCAGUUCCGAAACUCCCUUCACCUGCUUAUGGAGACCCUCAAUGCCACUACCCCUCACUAUGUACGCUGCAUUAAGCCGAAUGACUUCAAGUUCCCAUUCACGUUUGACGAGAAGAGGGCAGUGCAGCAGCUGAGAGCAUGUGGUGUCCUGGAAACCAUCCGCAUCAGUGCAGCGGGCUUCCCCUCACGGUGGACUUACCAAGAAUUUUUCAGCCGCUACCGUGUCCUAAUGAAGCAAAAGGAUGUGCUGAGUGACAGAAAGCAAACGUGCAAGAAUGUGUUAGAGAAACUGAUACUGGACAAGGACAAAUACCAGUUUGGUAAGACAAAGAUCUUUUUCCGUGCUGGUCAAGUGGCCUAUCUAGAGAAACUGAGGGCAGACAAGCUGAGGGCUGCCUGCAUCCGGAUCCAGAAGACCAUCCGAGGGUGGCUGCUGCGAAAGAAGUACCUGCGCAUGCGGAACGCGGCCAUCACCGUGCAGAGAUACGUGCGAGGCUACCAGGCCCGAUGCUAUACUAAGUUCCUGCGCAGAACCAAGGCAGCAACCAUUAUUCAGAAGUACUGGCGCAUGUAUAUAGUCCGUAGGAGAUACAAGAUAAGACGAUCGGCCACUAUUGUUCUUCAGUCUUAUUUGCGAGGUUACUUGGCCAGAAAUAGAUAUCGCAAGAUGCUCCGUGAGCACAAAGCAGUUAUCAUUCAGAAGUGGGUCCGGGGCUGGCUGGCUCGCACCCACUACAAGAGGAGCAUGCAUGCCAUCAUCUACCUUCAGUGUUGCUUCCGGCGGAUGAUGGCCAAGCGUGAGCUGAAGAAGCUCAAGAUCGAGGCCCGUUCCGUGGAGCGCUACAAGAAGCUCCACAUUGGCAUGGAGAACAAGAUCAUGCAGCUGCAGCGCAAAGUGGAUGAGCAGAACAAAGACUACAAAUGCCUCAUGGAGAAACUGACCAAUCUGGAAGGAAUAUAUAACUCUGAGACUGAGAAACUACGAAGUGACUUAGAGCGUCUCCAACUAAGUGAGGAGGAAGCUAAGAUUGCUACUGGACGGGUCCUCAGUCUGCAGGAAGAAAUUGCCAAGCUCCGGAAAGACCUGGAACAAACUCAGUCAGAGAAAAAAUCCAUUGAGGAGCGUGCAGAUAGAUACAAACAGGAAACCGAGCAGCUGGUAUCAAAUCUGAAGGAAGAAAAUACUUUGCUGAAGCAGGAAAAAGAGGCCCUCAAUCAUCUUAUUGUGGAGCAGGCUAAGGAGAUGACAGAGACUAUGGAGAAGAAGUUAGUAGAAGAAACAAAACAACUGGAACUCGAUCUUAAUGAUGAAAGGCUGAGAUAUCAGAACCUUCUGAAUGAGUUCAGUCGCUUAGAAGAACGCUAUGAUGACCUCAAGGAAGAGAUGAUUCUGAUGGUGAAUGUGCCUAAGCCUGGACACAAGAGAACAGACUCCACCCACAGCAGCAAUGAGUCUGAAUACACCUUUAGCUCUGAAAUUGCAGAAACUGAAGAUAUGCCAUUGAGGACAGAGGAGCCAAGUGAGAAGAAGGUGCCUCUGGACAUGUCAUUGUUCCUCAAGCUCCAGAAGCGGGUCACAGAGCUGGAGCAGGAGAAGCAGGUGAUGCAGGAUGAGCUGGACCGCAAGGAGGAGCAGAUGCUCCGCAGCAAGGCAAAGGAAGAAGAAAAACCACAAAUUAGAGGUGCAGAACUGGAAUAUGAGUCACUCAAGCGUCAAGAGCUGGAAUCAGAAAAUAAAAAACUGAAAAAUGAGCUAAAUGAGCUACGCAAGGCCCUUAGUGAGAAAAGUGCCCCAGAAGUGACGGCUCCAGGUGCACCAGCCUAUCGUGUCCUCAUGGAGCAGCUGACCUCUGUGAGUGAGGAGCUUGAUGUCCGUAAGGAGGAAGUCCUCAUCUUGAGGUCUCAGCUGGUGAGCCAGAAGGAGGCCAUCCAACCCAAGGAUGACAAGAACACAAUGACAGAUUCCACAAUACUUUUGGAAGAUGUACAAAAAAUGAAAGAUAAAGGUGAAAUAGCCCAAGCAUACAUUGGUUUGAAAGAAACAAACAGAUCACCUGCUAUGGAUUGCCAUGAGCUGAAUGAGGAUGGAGAGCUGUGGCUGGUUUAUGAAGGGUUAAAACAAGCCAACAGGCUCCUGGAAUCCCAGCUGCAGUCACAGAAGAGGAGCCACGAGAAUGAGGCAGAAGCCCUUCGUGGGGAGAUCCAGAGCCUGAAGGAGGAGAACAACCGGCAGCAGCAGCUCCUGGCCCAGAACCUGCAGCUGCCCCCGGAGGCCCGCAUCGAGGCCAGCCUGCAGCACGAGAUCACCAGGCUGACCAACGAAAACUUGGAUUUGAUGGAACAACUUGAAAAACAAGAUAAGACUGUUCGGAAACUGAAAAAACAACUGAAAGUAUUUGCCAAAAAAAUUGGUGAACUAGAAGUGGGCCAGAUGGAGAACAUAUCCCCAGGACAGAUCGUUGAUGAACCCAUCCGUCCAGUCAACAUUCCCAGGAAAGAAAAGGAUUUCCAAGGAAUGCUGGAAUACAAGAAGGAGGAUGAACAAAAGCUUGUUAAGAACCUGAUUCUGGAACUGAAGCCACGUGGGGUGGCAGUCAAUUUGAUUCCAGGGUUACCAGCAUAUAUCCUGUUCAUGUGUGUUCGACAUGCUGACUACCUGAAUGAUGAUCAGAAAGUAAGGUCGUUGCUAACAUCAACAAUUAACAGCAUCAAAAAAGUAUUAAAGAAAAGAGGUGAUGAUUUUGAAACCGUGUCCUUCUGGCUCUCUAACACAUGCCGAUUUUUGCACUGUUUGAAGCAGUACAGUGGCGAGGAGGGCUUUAUGAAACACAACACAUCUCGCCAGAAUGAACACUGCCUCACCAAUUUCGACCUGGCUGAGUACCGGCAGGUGCUAAGUGACUUGGCUAUUCAGAUCUACCAGCAGCUCGUGCGGGUGUUAGAGAACAUCCUGCAGCCAAUGAUCGUCUCUGGCAUGCUGGAGCACGAAACCAUUCAGGGUGUGUCUGGCGUGAAGCCCACAGGGCUCAGAAAGCGAACAUCCAGCAUCGCAGACGAGGGCACCUACACACUGGACUCCAUCCUUCGGCAGCUCAACUCCUUCCACUCGGUCCUGUGUCAGCACGGCAUGGACCCUGAACUGAUCAAGCAGGUGGUCAAGCAGAUGUUCUACAUCGUUGGGGCCGUCACCCUGAACAACCUCCUCCUGCGCAAGGACAUGUGCUCCUGGAGUAAAGGCAUGCAGAUCAGGUACAAUGUCAGUCAACUGGAAGAAUGGCUGCGUGACAAGAAUCUGAUGACUAGCGGGGCUAAGGAAACCCUGGAACCUCUCAUUCAGGCUGCUCAGCUCUUACAAGUGAAAAAGAAGACAGAUGAUGAUGCAGAAGCUAUCUGUUCCAUGUGCAGUGCUCUAACUACUGCCCAGAUUGUCAAAGUGUUGAAUUUGUAUACUCCAGUUAAUGAGUUUGAAGAAAGAGUCUCUGUAUCAUUUAUUCGUACUAUACAGAUGCGUUUACGAGACAGGAAAGACUCUCCUCAGCUGCUCAUGGAUGCGAAACACAUCUUUCCUGUCACCUUUCCUUUUAACCCAUCCUCCCUUGCACUAGAAACCAUCCAGAUUCCAGCCAGCCUGGGCCUGGGAUUCAUAUCACGGGUCUGAAGGUGAUGUGAUGUCAAGGCAAACAGUGACAAUAAGAACCCAUUAUUUCCAGUGAACUACUGAAAAGACAUUUUUAAAGAGACAGUACUAAUUAUCUUUCAAAUGAGAGGUUAUUAACUGGAAAUCUCCCUAAAUACUUUCAUUGUCUUGGAAAGAACGAUAGGCUUCUUUGUGUUACUGUACCAGCAACAGUCACCCUGGACCAGUUAGGUAUCCCGAGGUACAUGCAGGUGAAUGACAGAAGGAAAAGGGAAAAAAAGGUCUCCAGCUGCCAGCAUUUAUUUUAAAUCCUUAGCACUGCAUCUAAAUGGUAUGGUAAAAAUGUAAAUUCCAGGAAUGAGCUGUUGUUAGGAAGGUACCUACAAAGAGCCUCCUCUACGCGGACCAGAAGAAUUGAAAGAAAAAUUGCCAUUGAGUACAUAUCAUAUCAGUUUAGGAAUCAGUUAUGUUGAUGUUGUCAAACUGGAUCAAAGAAAUAAACUGGCAGUAUGUAAAGUACUUGGUCAAGAAAAUUCCUUAUAUGUGUCACUAUGAUACAGAGAUAUUACGAGAAUGCUGGUUUGC